GUACUAUCCAUCAGAAGGGAAUGAAUGGUCCCCUUUUGUGAGCCGAUGGCCAGCACAAAACAAAGAAACAAAAGGUUUUGAAAAGGAUAAUGGAAACGCUGACCUGGCAGCCUUGGCUUCCACCCACGCACGCAACACAUGGAGAAGCUUACGGACCACAGUCCAGCUCCAGCGGCAACAGAUAGCCAACCAACCUGGGGCAGGCUAGGAUCAGAGCUCCACUCAAGGUGAAAUGGCAAGCCUGCAGAGCUUGAUAUCCAAACAGUUGAUUGCGCCGAACUGCACGGCCACUGCCAGGCUGAACGGGGCUCCCCCUUCGGUGGUGAACGCGAGCUCGAGCGAAGCAUCCUCGGAUGAGAAGAAGGUCACAAAAAGGAGAUUGGCACUGCUUGGUGCUGGGGCAUUAUCCACUGUCCUGUUAAACAGCAGCUCUGCAGAUGCUGAAGAAGUACCAAAGAAUUACCGCUCUUACGUCGAUGCAAACGACGGAUAUUCGUACCUCUACCCAGCUGAUUGGAGGGAUUUCGACUUCUUGGGCCAUGAUUCAGCGUUCAAGGACCGUAAUGUGCAGCUGCAGUCUGUCCGUGUGGCCUUCAUUCCUACUCAGAAAACAGACAUUCGUGACCUAGGCCCAAUGGAUGAGGCGAUCUUCAAUUUGGUAACCGAAGUGUACGCUGCUCCGAACCAGAUACCAACGAUCUAUGAAAUGCAAGAGCGUACGGUAGAUGGCAGGAACUACUGGACGUUUGAGUACGAUCUGGAGGCGCCGGGCUACGGCGUGUCGGCGUUUGCGACGGUCGCCAUCGGGAACGGUACACGUUUCAUGGGGAUUCUGGUCAUGUGUUUCCCCCUCCUGUGG